AUGAUGGCUAGCUAUCCCGAGCCCGAGGACGCCGCGGGGGCCCUGCUGGCCCCGGAGACCGGCCGAGCAGCCAAGGAGCCCGAGGCGCCGCCGCCGCCGAGCCCGGGCAAGGGUGGCGGCGGCGGCGCCGGGACAGCCCCGGAGAAACCGGACCCGGCGCAGAAGCCCCCAUACUCGUACGUGGCGCUCAUCGCCAUGGCGAUCCGUGAGAGCGCCGAGAAGAGGCUCACGCUGUCCGGCAUCUACCAGUACAUUAUCGCCAAGUUCCCGUUCUACGAGAAGAACAAGAAGGGCUGGCAGAAUAGCAUCCGCCACAACCUCAGCCUCAACGAGUGCUUCAUCAAGGUGCCGCGCGAGGGCGGCGGCGAGCGCAAGGGCAACUACUGGACGCUGGACCCGGCCUGCGAGGACAUGUUCGAGAAGGGCAACUACCGCCGCCGCCGCCGCAUGAAACGACCCUUCAGGCCGCCGCCCGCACACUUCCAGCCGGGCAAGGGGCUCUUUGGGGCCGGAGGUGCCGCGGGUGGCUGCGGCGUGGCAGGCGCGGGGACCGACGGCUACGGCUACCUGGCGCCCCCCAAGUACCUGCAGUCCGGCUUCCUCAACAACUCGUGGCCGCUACCGCAGCCGCCCUCGCCCAUGCCCUACGCCUCGUGCCAGAUGGCGGCGGCCGCUGCGGCGGCGGCUGCAGCAGCGGCGGCCGCAGGCCCGGGCAGCCCAGGCGCGGCCGCUGUGGUCAAGGGGCUGGCGGGCCCGGCUGCCUCGUACGGGCCGUACUCACGCGUGCAGAGCAUGGCGCUGCCUCCCGGCGUAGUGAACUCGUACAACGGCCUGGGAGGCCCGCCCGCCGCGCCCCCGCCGCCGCCGCCUCACCCCCACUCACACCCGCACGCACACCAUCUGCACGCGGCUGCCGCACCCCCGCCGGCCCCGCCGCACCACGGGGCCGCCGCACCGCCCCCCGGCCAGCUCAGCCCCGCCAGCCCGGCUACUGCCGCGCCCCCGGCGCCCGCGCCCACCAACGCACCCGGCCUGCAGUUCGCCUGCGCCCGGCAGCCCGAGCUCGCCAUGAUGCAUUGCUCUUACUGGGACCACGACAGCAAGACCGGCGCGCUGCACUCGCGCCUCGAUCUCUGA